ACCGCGGGACGCUUAAAAAAAGAAGCUCCCAAAAAAUGGCACCCAAAAAGCAGAAGGAAAACCUGCCACCUAAUGUCUCAAGCUCUCUGGAGUCAGAGGACAUCAGUCUGGAGACGACCGUGCCCACAGAGGACAUCUCCUCCUCGGAUGAGAAAGAUGGCAAACGGAAGGUUACCAAACAGCUACUGGAAAGAAAAGAGUUAAUACACAACCUUCAACUACUGAAAAUCGAGCUGUCCCAAAAGAACCUCAUCAUCGACAAUAUGAAAGUGGAACACCUCACCAAAAUUGAGGAGCUGGAGGAACAACUAAAUGAUGCCCUGCAUCAGAAACAGGUCCUGACCCUUCGCCUGGACAGUCAGCUUAAACUCCAGCAGGAUGAGAACAGAAAGCAGCAGGCACUGAGGAAGCAAGAAAUGGACUCUAUUUUGCUGAGACAGAAGCAGUUAGAGGAGACCAACCGGCAGUUGUGUGAGCGAGCUGGGUACAUUCGGCGCAGUCUGAGAGAUCUGGAGCUGAGCGAGAAGAAGUAUAUGGAACUGCGAGACCUUCCUGAAGACAAGCUCUCCAUCCCAGAAUAUGUAUCGGUGCGCUUCUAUGAAGCUGUGACUCCUUUGCAGACAUUAGUGGCGGAGCUUCAGUUAAAGAAAAACAAUCUGGUAGAUGACCUGGAAAAUCAUCGUAUCCAGAUCAAAUCUUUUAUGGAGAGCUAUGAAGAGGAGCGACGUGCCCGAUCAGAGCUAGAGAUUCGUUGUCAAAGGCUAACACUGGAACUGGCUGACACCAAGCAGCUCAUACAAGAGGGUGACUACAAACGUCAGAACUACGACAAAGUAAAACGAGAAAGAGACAGCUAUGAGACGGAGGUGAGAGAACUGAGGAAGAAGGUGGAGAUGUUUGACCUGACACAAACUGCCCUUACUAAGGAGAGGAAUGAUCUCAAUAAAGAGGUUGCCACUCUUCAGCAAUCAGUGACGCUGCUCCAGAAGGACAAGGAAUAUCUAAACAGGCAAAACAUGGAGCUGAAUGUGAGAUGUGCUCAUGAGGAGGAUCGCCUGGAGAGGCUGCAGAUCCAGCUGGAGGAUUCCAAGAAAACCAGAGAGGAGGCCUAUGACAAAUAUGUGGCUUCCAGGGAUCACUAUAAGACUGAAUAUGAGAACAAAUUGAGGGACGAACUGGAGCGCAUUCGUAUGAAGACCAACCACGAGAUUGAGAGCCUGCAGCGCACCUCCAAAGAACUGUAUGAGAGAGAGAACAGACACCUUCGAGAAGCACGAGAUAAUGCAGUCAUUGAAAAAGAGCGAGCCUUCAGUGCAGAGAGGGAAUCCCAGGCCAAAUACGACCAGCUCCUAGAACAGUUCAGGCAGCUGCAGCUGAACUCCGACAGCAGGGUUUCAGAGAUGCAGAACCAGAUGAAGCUUAAAGCUUUUGAAGCAGAGCGCUCGCAGAUAGUGCAGGAGGAGACCGCCCGCAACCUCAGCCUGUGUCAGAUGGAGUGUGAGAAACAGCAGAAGAAAUUGGAGGUUCUGACAAAAGAGUUUUAUGCACUUCAGUCAUCGUCAGAGAAACGCAUAGCAGAGCUGCAAACCCAAAGUGCCGAGCAGCAGAUGAGGCUGAACACCUAUGAGAAGCUAGAAAAGGAGCUUGACGACAUCACCAUGCAGGCAGCAGAGAUGCAAAAUGAAGAUGAAGCAGAGAGGGUGCUGUUUUCAUACGGUUACGGAGCAAAUGUGCCGACCACUGCCAGGAGAAGGAUGAAGCAGAGUGUUCACCUGGCACGAAAGGUUCUGCAGCUGGAGAAACAAAACACUCUGUUAAGAAGAGACCUGGAGAGAAAGACUGCCCACACGGGGCAGAUCUCAGAAGAGCUGCAGACAGCCAAUCAGCUUCUCCAGCAAGCACAGCAGCCAUACAGUUACCUGAUAGAGACGGUUCGUCAGCGGGACUCACAGAUCCAGUCUCUGAAAGAUCGCCUCCUACAGCUGGAAGAGGAAGUGAGUGCGCUGAAGAAAGAAAAGGCGAGUCUGCUGCAGGUGAAAAACAACAUGGCUGCUGAUCUGGAGCGGCUCCUGAGACACAGGGAGGAGCUGUCUGCCAUGAAGCAGGUGCUGGUCAACAUGUGCUCACGGCAACAGGGAGACACAGCGUCCACAGCAGAGCCACAGCUCAUCAUCAGCACAGCAGUCAAACAGCGGCCCGAAGAGCCUGGCAGGGCCAGAGACUGGGAGCAGGACCAGCUCCGACCUAAACCCACUGUGUUUACCAAUAAAGAAGUUCCUGAGUGGCACAGAAAGCUCAAGGCAAAGAACAAAUAACGAAAUGAGACUUGUUUUACCAGUGUGUGAAGAGGCGCAACUCUCAGGAGACGACAUGCACCUAAACAGCACAUGCACGUUUUAUUUAUGGAGGGCGGGCCGUGUGAACUUUGCUACUAUUUAGUACAUGAAGUUUUUUUAACUGUAUGUAAUUUUUUCUGCAAAUGUAAACAUGUCUGUUAUGUAACUAUUAGGUUAUAAUUUGAAAAGAUUGUAGUUUUUUUUAUUUAUCAACAGUGAUUUGUUGAGGUGUGUGAAUGUCAUAGCAAGUGCGUGUCAGUGUCAGCAAGUGUAUGUCAGUCAUUGAGGGUCACAUGACACACUGGUUUUCAAAUGUUUUAAAAUAUUUAAAUUCUGAAUGAAAAGAAGACUCUUUUGUCUGCUUCGGUUAAUUGUAACAAGAGUCCAAUGGCUUAUUUUUGCAGUUGUAAGGCGCUUCACACAGUAAUCUUUAAAAAUAGCCAGAGGCUUGCAUUCCGCAGGACUCAUCUGUCUCCUCUGAGCUCAGUAGUAGUAGUGAGAGGAGGCAUUCAGCUGAAGCCUUUUUAUUCAGCUUUACAUCCUCAGAAAAACAUAAUAGAAUUUAACUUUUAUUUUCAUGUUUUACCACUUCUUAUCCUGGUCAGGGUUGCUGAAUCACUGGGUGCACAUCCCAUAUAGGACGCCACUCACUUUUUUCGGUCUACGUCCCAGCAGUGGUGGGGUAGCGAAAUAAACUGCUGCACCACUUGAACACCCCAUGCUAUUUUACAGUACACUAAGAGCACUGCAAAUAUGGUCAGUAUUUACAUAUGGAUAACCAACUCUACUGUUACUAUCAGGCCAAUAAAUAUUGAUGCGUUUUUUUUGAUAAUGUAAAUGUUUUAUGUCCACCUUAAUAAAAUGUAAUAAGUCAGGUUCAUUUAACUUUUGUUUAAGGAUUGACCGAUGAUUUUACUCAACAGAAAUUAUUUUUUAUGCUUGGUGAAGCUCUCAUCAUCAAAGGGUUUUUCAUCAAAUACAAAGGAACAAGGUGGUGAAUAUUUCUCAGCACUGCAGUGACACUGACAUGGUGGUGGUGUGUUAGUGAGUGGAUCAGACACAGCAGCACUGCUGGAGUUUUUAAAUACCGUGUCCACUCACUGUCCACUCUAUUAGACACUCCUACCUAGUUGGCUCACCUUGUAGAUGUAAAGUCAGAGACGAUCUCUCAUCUAUUGCUGCUGUUUGAGUUGGUCAUCUUCUAGACCUUCAUCAGUGGUCACAGGUCGCUGCCCACGGGGCACUGUUGGCUGGAUGUUUUUGGUUUUUGGACUAUUCUCAGUCCAACAGUGACAGUGAGGUGUCUUAUCCACUCAUGUGUGUUGAAUAAAGGAGGUGGUUUUAAUGUUAUGACAUCAGUGUAUAUAUACUUUAUGGUUCAAUGUUUGUGGACUCUCUUUAGUUAAGGUGUUGCAGCAACACAGAUUACUAACAGUAGUAUAAAAUUCAUUUUACACACACACACACACACACACACACACACACACACACACACACACAAAGGGUGCUUGGAUGGUCUAGCAGUAAAUUAGCCCACUAACCCCUGUGUGUGUGUCACACACACUUACACUAUUGCAACUAGCGACUUGGGUGUCUACAUACAGACAUGAUUUGACAGCCAUAUAACUAAAUAUGUGAGUAUGUGUGUAUAUAUACACUUGUGUGUGUGUGUGUGUGUUAAUGACAAGUGUGAAUAAUGCCUUUCCUGAGAUCACUGUUUUGGGGGCAUGAACAUGCCUUUGUGACUAAAUGUAUGUGGACACCUGAGACCAGGUCAUAAAAGCCUCCACUCAUCUGAAAAGACUUUCCACAAGAUUUUGGAGUGUGUCUGUGGGAACUGACUGCCACAAAGUUGAAAGCAUGUAAAUGAUUUGCUAUUUAUUUUUUGUAACCUUUCUGUAAUGGGUGUGGCUGAACUCAAUAAAUAGAAAGGGCAUGGCAGCA